AUGCGGAUACGCGAGAAGAAUGACGCGCAAACACAAACCAUCCAGGUUAAACUCUCCUGCGAGACUGCGAGACAGCGUCACUGCGAAAUUGAAGUUAUCUUGGAAAACACGACUGUGUGUUCUACAAGCGCCGGCGGCCGCGGGAUAGUGCUGUAUAGUAACUACGAUGUUUUCAUGGAGAUUGCGCUUUACGGAGGCGGUCGUACACUCGUACCUCCACCACCACCUCUACAGACUGCCGCCGUGCACAAAUGCGUGAUAACUGAUAAGCGCGUGACACGGAUAUAA